AUGUUCAAAAUUAACAUUCUGCAGCCGAUGUCAGCAGAAACGCGGCGCAGACCGAAUAUUCUGAUCACUGGUACUCCCGGCACAGGCAAAUCGACGCUGGCACAGGAAGUGGCGAGUCGAUUACAGUUCGACACAAUUGACGUCGGAAAGGAAGUCCGAGAACAUGGGUUAGUUGAAGAUUUCGAUCCACGACUCAAUUGUCAUGUACUUGACGAGGAGAAGUUGUUAGACCAUAUGGAGGACCGAAUGAAUAGCGAUGCAGGUGGUGUUGUAGUAGAUUACCAUGGUGUUGACUUUUUCCCCGAAAGAUGGUUUGACAUAGUUGUUGUCUUGCGAUGUUCGAAUACGUUGUUAUAUGAUCGCCUCGCACAAAGAGGAUAUGAUCCUACCAAGAUCAAAGAGAACAUUGAAUGCGAAAUCUUCGGAUCACUGCUCGAAGAGGCACGCGACUCGUACAAACACGAAAUUAUCCAUGAGUUGCAGUCUGAAACAGUUGACCAAAUGCAUGCCAACAUAGACUAUAUUUUUUUGGCUGGAUCUACUCUUGCGUACCGUCAGAUGUGUCAAAUGUGGCAACGCAUUCGAUAUGGAGUUCGAUGGAAACCUGCGGAACGCUUCGCUCUUGCUGCGCGUGCUCUGGAUUUGAAGAGGGUAAAGUCAGUCGACAUUUCACUGGAUCCAUUUCACAGCGGAAACGAGUCGAUAAGAAGAUUUUGGCACAGCAUUAUGAGUCCGAAGGUUCGGUUGACGAACCCAACCCUUAAGGUAUCAGCUGAAGUGCGCAACGAUCGAAAACCUCCAUUCUUCAUUGCCACCUUAGAUAAUGGAAAGAAGCUGCAUUUCAAAACUGACAAUAUGCCAGUCACGGAUCUUAUCAUGCGAUUUAACAAGCUGUUAGGAAAUCCUGAGCUGGGCAAGUCCGGAACCAGGCCGCGACCGAAUGCUUGA